CUCGAGACCCAUCUCUCGAGCACUACAGCACUCCAAGCUAUCGCAACCUUCUCACUCGCGUAACCCUCACCAUGUUCAAGCUCUCCAUCGCCACCGUCAUUGCCCUCGCCGGCUUCGCUGUAGCCCAGGAGUCCCACCAAGUCGCCAUGACCAACAACUGCGGUUCAGGCAGCCCCGUCUUCCUGUACGAGGCGAACGGCAACCCGCAGGGCCCUACCACCAUCCAGGGCCAGCUCCUCGGCGGUAUCGCCUGGCUCACCGGGUUCGCCGGUGCCAACUGCGAGAACUCCGGCGUCAACUGCGGUGCCGUCGAGUUUACCCUGCGCAACGACGCCCCGAACCAGAACGCCGCUGACUUUACUCUCGAGGCCCAGCCCGAGAACGGGAACCACCAGUUCACGUACCCGAUGUCGUACACCUACAUUGGAGGCGGGGCUUGCAACGGUAUCAGUGACAACUGCCCUUCUGCUGGUGACUGCCCGGAUGCCUUCACCGACCCCACCAACGGCACGCCGAAACAGUGCGUCGGUACCAACGCUGGGAUUCAGAUCACGUUCUGCUAAGUGCCUGAGCUCGGCGUAGGCGAAGGACAAAAUGAUGUCUUGCCUGCCUUUUAAAACAUGAGACUGUAGUAGUGCUCUCCUGUCGUUGUCUGUGCUCAGUAGUUUAUUGCAUGUAAGAAUAUCUAGGCUGUUUAAAACAUUCCGAAAGGCGUUAUGACCGGUAC